UGCAGAUGGAGACCGAUCCUCCCAGGUUGGAUAAUCCGGAACAUGUGGGUUGCACCACAGACGAUCGUGGUUCGAGCCAUGUUCGGACCUACGACUGCACCUUCUGCAAGAAAGGCUUCUCUAAUGCCCAGGCACUCGGCGGCCACAUGAACAUCCAUCGAAGAGAUCGAUCAAGGUCCAAACAGCCAUCCAAAGACAAUCAACUUCCUUUCGAUCUGACCACCAAGAAAAUUCCCUCCUAUCCAACGGUUCCUACGUUACGAUCGGAGUCUACAGAUAUCAAGUGGUCAUGGCCUCUCCCAAGAGAAGAAAUUGCAUCCAUGGAUGGAACACAUGAAGUGGGCCCUCGACAGCUUCCGUUAUUCGUCGAUACACCAGCUGUCGAUGAUGGCCGUCGAUCAGUGGGCUACGGCACGCAUGAUGAGAUACUGACACAGUCGAGUCAUGGUUCUAGCAGUGGCGAGCAGUUGGACCUCGAGCUCCGACUAGGGCCGGAACCUCAAGACACGUCCAUGAGUCUCAAGGAGUUUCUUUGAUUAGGGUUACAUGGGCUUGUUUGGAUUUGC